GAAGGAUGUAAUUCGCUUUGCUCUCUCCUCAUUUUCAAGGUUCAAAGGGAAGCUGCGAGGAUUCCAAGGUCCCACCGCCCUCACAGCCAAUGAGGGGCCUGGGAGGGAGGAGCUUGGUUCAGCUUGAGCUUCUGAGAGAAUCAUUCCCGGUAGAUGCAGCGGAGUCUGAGCUCUGCUGCAUCUGUCACAGCAGAACAAAAUUAAAAACACAACAGUGGAAGAGAAACGCUGCAGACUAUGGGACGCUGUAGGACUUUCUGAAACAUUUGCUGGGGAUUUCUGUGAAGCAUGAUCUUUUAAAACGAAUUCUUUUGGAAGCCGGUUUGGGUAACUGGGAAAAUGACACAUAUGCUAAAUGCAGCAGCUGAUCGAGUGAAAUGGACCAGAUCGAGUGCUGCUAAGAGGGCUGCCUGCCUGGUGGCUGCGGCAUAUGCUCUGAAAACCCUCUACCCCAUCAUUGGCAAGCGUUUAAAGCAAUCUGGCCACGGGAAGAAAAAAGAAGCAGCUUACCCUGCUGCAGAGAACACAGAAAUACUGCAUUGCACCGAGACCAUUUGUGAAAAACCUUCGCCUGGAGUGAAUGCAGAUUUCUUCAAACAGCUACUAGAACUUCGGAAAAUUUUGUUUCCAAAACUUGUGACCACUGAAACAGGGUGGCUCUGCCUGCACUCAGUGGCUCUAAUCUCAAGAACCUUUCUUUCUAUCUAUGUGGCUGGUCUGGAUGGAAAAAUCGUGAAAAGCAUUGUGGAAAAGAAGCCUCGGACUUUCAUCAUCAAAUUAAUCAAGUGGCUUAUGAUUGCCAUCCCUGCUACCUUCGUCAACAGUGCAAUAAGGUACCUGGAAUGCAAAUUGGCUUUGGCCUUCAGAACUCGCCUAGUAGACCACGCCUAUGAAACCUAUUUUACAAAUCAGACUUAUUAUAAAGUGAUCAAUAUGGAUGGGAGGCUGGCAAACCCUGACCAGUCUCUUACGGAGGAUAUUAUGAUGUUCUCCCAAUCUGUGGCUCACUUGUAUUCCAAUCUGACCAAACCUAUUUUAGAUGUAAUGCUGACCUCCUAUACACUCAUUCAAACUGCUACAUCCAGAGGAGCAAGCCCAAUUGGGCCCACCCUACUAGCAGGACUUGUGGUAUAUGCCACUGCUAAAGUGUUAAAAGCCUGUUCUCCCAAAUUUGGCAAACUGGUGGCAGAGGAAGCGCAUAGAAAAGGCUAUUUGCGGUAUGUGCACUCGAGAAUUAUAGCCAAUGUAGAAGAAAUUGCCUUUUACAGAGGACAUAAGGUAGAAAUGAAACAACUUCAGAAAAGUUACAAAGCUUUAGCAGAUCAGAUGAACCUCAUUUUAUCCAAACGUUUGUGGUACAUCAUGAUAGAACAGUUCCUGAUGAAGUAUGUUUGGAGCAGCAGUGGACUAAUUAUGGUGGCUAUACCUAUUAUCACUGCAACUGGCUUUGCAGAUGGUGAGGAUGGCCAAAAGCAAGUUAUGGUUAGUGAACGGACAGAAGCCUUUACCACUGCUCGAAAUUUACUGGCCUCUGGAGCUGAUGCUAUUGAAAGGAUUAUGUCUUCAUACAAAGAGGUCACUGAAUUAGCAGGCUAUACUGCUCGAGUGUACAAUAUGUUUUGGGUCUUUGAUGAAGUAAAAAGAGGCAUUUAUAAGAGAACUGCUGUCAUUCAAGAAUCUGAAAGCCAUAGCAAGAAUGGAGCUAAUGUAGAAUUACCUCUCAGUGACACACUGGCAAUUAAAGGAAAAGUUAUUGAUGUGGAUCAUGGAAUUAUUUGUGAAAAUGUUCCCAUAAUUACACCAGCAGGAGAAGUGGUGGCUUCCAGGCUAAACUUCAAAGUAGAAGAAGGAAUGCAUCUUUUGAUAACUGGUCCCAAUGGUUGUGGGAAAAGUUCUCUCUUCAGAAUUCUAAGUGGGCUCUGGCCUGUGUAUGAAGGAGUCCUCUAUAAACCACCUCCUCAACAUAUGUUUUAUAUUCCACAAAGGCCAUAUAUGUCUCUUGGAAGUCUUCGGGAUCAAGUCAUUUACCCUGAUUCAGUGGAUGAUAUGCAUGAUAAAGGUUAUACAGACCAAGAUCUGGAACGUAUCCUACACAAUGUCCAUCUCUAUCACAUAGUUCAAAGAGAAGGAGGAUGGGAUGCUGUUAUGGACUGGAAAGAUGUCCUGUCAGGAGGGGAAAAGCAAAGAAUGGGCAUGGCUCGUAUGUUUUAUCAUAAACCAAAAUAUGCCUUGCUGGAUGAAUGUACCAGUGCUGUCAGCAUUGAUGUCGAAGGAAAGAUAUUUCAGGCUGCAAAAGGGGCUGGAAUUUCCUUACUCUCUAUAACACACAGGCCUUCUCUUUGGAAAUACCACACACAUUUAUUACAGUUUGAUGGUGAAGGAGGUUGGCGCUUUGAACAAUUGGACACUGCUAUCCGUUUGACAUUGAGUGAAGAAAAACAAAAGCUAGAAUCUCAGCUAGCUGGAAUUCCCAAAAUGCAGCAGAGACUCAAUGAACUAUGUAAAAUUUUGGGAGAAGACUCAGUGCUGAAAACAAUUAAAAAUGAAGAUGAGACAUCUUAAUUUGUUUUGACAUAUUUUAAAAGUUAAUUAUUAGAUAAAGGCUCAAAGACAUUCUGUUAUACUGCAUGAAGUAUGUUAAGCUAAGCACAGAGAAAAAAAGGCAGCGAGACAUGUUUUAUAAGAUUUUAGCAUUAAGGAAGUAUGUGAUCUGACUUUUCAGAAGAAAAUAAACAAAUGCAUUAUGUAAGGUCAGUCAUUAUGACUUAUACUAAUUCCUAGUGAAGGCCUAAUGCACUUGUAAAACAGGAUUUUCUAGGUGAAUUCAUGAUGAAUACCAGAUUUACUAAGUAUAUGUGGUGUGUCUGAAGUUCUUAACAAACAUGGGCGAUAUUCUGGAAAUGAAACAAGUUAAACUGAGCAGCAUUUGGGUUGAUACCAAGUGCAUAAAAUUCAAACUUUGAGUGACAUUUAGUCCAUUUACGGUUGAUAUUAGGUUUAAUAGCUAGAAUUCAAAUUGAUUAUUGCUAAUGGCCAACUAAACCUGUACAAAAUAGCUGACAGUUUUAUAAAUAAUUUCAAUAUAAAAAUUGUUUUAAUGGCAUUUGUUGAAAGAAAAAAGCAUGGCUAAAAUGUAUAAAAUGCCAUAUUUUUAAAUUUUGGACUUUAAGCAUCUUAAUGAGGGCAUAUAACAAAUUAAUUUUAGUACAAAUCUUAAAUAUUUUUAAUAAAUCCUUUCAUUUUAAAAAGAGAAUUGCCAAUACAGAAAAGGAGUAUCCAAACACUGUCUCAACCUGAUAAUUUCCUUAGCAGAAUUACCUAUUGCAACUUCUGUUCAGAAAUACACAGCUUGUUUUUUUGCCCAAGGAUGAGUCUACAUUUUAAGAACUGCAAUGGUAUAAAAGAACUUAAGGAUUCUGAGAAUCAUAGUAAUAACAUACAUUGGAAUAGUACUUUAUAAUUUACAAUCCCCAUUUACAUCAUUUCACCUUAAUGUUGAUGACAAUGUUUUGAAACAAAUACUAUUUUUCCUACUUUGCUUUUGAGAAAAUUGACACUCAGAUUUGCCCUAAUCAUGCACUUUACUUAAGGAAAGAUCGAGAAAUCAAAUGAAGUUCUCCUGACUCUCUGGUUUAGUGCUCUUUUGUUAUUAUCCUUUAAAUCAAACUGGGCUAUAAUAGCAAUAAAAGUUAGAUGAGGUGUAGAAAAUAAAGUAAAUUUCAUAAUGUUAGUCUUAUUGUUAUUUGGUUAUUGUUUACAAGAAAUGAAAAUUAAGUACAAAGUGCAAAGAUCAUUGUUCUGUGGUUUAAAAUGAAAUGAGAAAGUUAGUAAAUCAUUCAGCAACUAUGCAGUCUUACUCAAUAUUAAUGUACCUCUAAGGCAUUAGCAAUGAGAAGGGAAAAUAAUUAUGGUUUUGGUAAAUUUAAUAUUUAUUGAACAUAAUGAGAAAUAAUCUAUAUGGACUAGUCAUAUGAAAUAGAUUUUAUUCUAUUUGUGUGCACUGGAGCUGGAAAGCCAAGACUGAAACUUUAUCUCUUGCUGCCUAUGAUACCACGUUGAUAUACCAGAAGAAUAUUGGAAUGAUCAGUUGUUAGUCGCCUAGGAUUUUAUUUGCCUGUUGAGACACAGCCAUAAUAGAUGUUAAGUCUGUGAUUCUUAGACUUUUCAGGUGAUAGAGUACCUGGAAGUCAUUCAUAAUGAUCAUUAUAGAACAUCAUAACAUUUCUACAUUUUCAAUUCUGCCAUGAUAGCUAGUGCAUUUUUAAUUUUCAAUAAAUGUAACCAACUUACAUGAAGGAAUGCAAUAUAAAAUUAUAAUCAGUACAUUUGUCCAACAUUUUCAUUAGUAUUAUCACCUACUUAUUCACCAGUUACUAAUAUUUCCUGUUAGAAAAGUGAGACAGGAAUUAAAGAUUCUUUUUAAGAAGCAUGGAACCAAAACUUAAACUUGCUAAAACUUAUUCAUUAAUCUUUUCUACAUAAGUGAUUAUCCGGUUUAUACUGCUACAAGGGCAAAAGUCUGAGGCAAGUGUUUUAAGUUAACUUUUAAAGGUACAAGAAGAAAAUGAAAAAUCCUCAUGUGAAAGAUGUGUAUAAUUUUCAUGCCUUAAUUUUCAUAAUAUAAAAAUAAAACAUAAUUUUAAAACAACCUGAUAAUUUUGUUUUGAAACAUUGAAAAGAAUGCCAAAACAAAUAUUAGAUUUGUAAUUAGUCAUUAUUUAAUAUAUUUUACCCAUGAGCUAAAGCAAAAAAGACUCAUUAUUUAUGAUGCACAGGAUUCAAAGAUGCCUAAAAUUCUGUAUUAAAAACUAUGUACACUGUAAUUUAAAUGUUAAAGUUCUAAUAUGCACGUUUUCCAUGAGCUUUUUGUGCCUAUUUGUUUUCUGAAUUUAUUUUUCAGGACCAAUAUCCUUAACUUGGAGGGGAAAACAUCUCUGAUUUGAACUUGUAUUUAUGUACCAUUUAAUUGUUUCCAAAUGGUCCAAUGGGUAUACCAUAUUUUACUACUCUUAUAUUUUACAGAAAACAUGAAAAAGACUGAGAAACUAGCCAUUUUUGAAUACAGCAAGGGAUAGAUGAGGAAAGGAAAAAAGAAAGAAUAUUUCAAGUUUCAAACUACUUUUACCAUGUUAUAUCUAUUUGCCCAAACGUUUGACAUAUUUUUGGUCAAACAAAAAGCUAUAAGUUUAUGGAGCUUGAGUUUAAAAUGUGCAUUCUUUAGGUUAACUCUUAAACUUGAAAAAUAAGUUGGAUUCUAUGAAAACGUUGCAUUAUAUUUCUACAGCAUGUAAUGUUAUGCCAAGCAUGAGUCUAAAACAGUUUGUGUUCUUGUAAGCAGGAUAAUGUGUAAUAAUCCCUCUCAAAUAAUCUCAAGAAGAAUGAUAUACCUUAAAACUCAAUACAAAUUUACAUUUGUUUACAGUGGGAAUGGUUUUCUCUUGAUAGAAAUUUGGUUUUUGUCUCAAGUUUUGGUCUGUCAGUAAAGGCAUAAAUGAAUAUCCUAGUUUUUAUUUGAAACAUUGGUUCCAAGUAUAGUUUCAUAUUUGGCAAUAGAUUCAGCCUAUUCUAAUAUGUUUGGAAUAGCUUUUUGAUUCAAUAAGUCUAGAAAAAUCUGUUACACAUUGAAACCCAAGUCCAGAGAAUGUUACACACUUCUGAUAUAUGCAUAAAAUGAUGGUAAAGGUUAUUAAAUCAUUGAUUUAAAAAGAUGACUUUGAUAUAAUUACUUUAUGGGCAAAAUUGUCCUCAUUUAGAAGUGAAAAGUACUUUCACACAGCCUAGGCUAUUUACAGUUCUGAUUAUAUACAUUUAGAUAUGUUGAAUAUGUUUUGGGGUUGUACUUCUAAUGUUUGCCACAUGAGCGCCGUCAGGUGGAUGUAUAAAAUAUUUUUUUAAAAACCAAUUUCUUCUUCAUUGUUGAUGCUUUUCCUGACUACCAAGUUCAGGGCUGGUUUACAUUUCAUAUUGUGAAAUUUUCAAAACCAAUGGUCUAUUUAUAAGCCAGAAUUGUAUUAAUGAAAAUGAAUGAGAAAAAUGUCCUUAAAGGUAAAAAUCAUUAUGCAGCUAAAUGAGAUUGUGGCUGUGUGUGAGUACAUUAUAAUAUAAUUUCCAUCUGAUGUGUAUUUACUUGAACUCAUCAUUCCUUAUGAAUUCCUUACCCAUUAAGAAAAAGACUAGAUUAAUCAAAGGAAUUACAAAUUAUUCCAUUUUUACAAAAUACCCUGUUUCUAUACUGUAAAUGGCCAUGUUGGGUAUAUGUCUAUAUACACCUUACUUAUACAUUGUAUUGUAUAUAACCAUGUGUAGAACUAUAGACAAUAGUCACCAAAUAGUUAUUUAAAUAUUAAUUUUCUUUAUUAAUACAACACAUUUAUUAAGUAUCUACCUAUGCCAGGCACUGUGCUAAGUUCUAUUACUAAAUAAAAUUUGGUCCCUGUCCGAAGAUGCUUGUGACCAUUGAAAAUUAGGAAAAUGAAUGCCCUCAGUCAGACAAAAAGUCAACAGCUGGAUUUAUUAUUAGUAUUUACCAAGUAGGCACAAAUCAUUGCAUUUACAGACUUCACCAAAUCUUUGUAGGGUAUAGACAAAAUGCUAAUUUAAUAAAAGAGGAAAAUGAGGAGAGAAAGGUUAAGUAAUUAAUCCAACCUCAUACAAUACCCAAACUAUAGAGCUGAAAUUUGACAUGAGCAAUAUUUGAUUAUAAAGCCUAUGCAAGUCCGCAUAACCUUCUUUUAAUUAGUUUAGGUCGUUUUUCAUUGUUACUAUUUUUAACAUAAAUAUUAAGUAUAAUUUUUACUGACUCAAGGUUUCUGAUUAACCAAACAGAUAGAUGCACUUUUCAUCUAAAAAGGGAACUUAUGUUACACUUUAUAUUUGUAUUUUUUUUAUUUUAAAUUAUGGGUGUGGUCCUAUGGGAGAGGGAGAAUAUAAGGCAAAUUUUCAAAAGUUUUGAGGCCCUGGUUGUCAUUAUUCAUUCACUGAUUCAGUAAAUACUUGUUGACACUCCCAUGUACCAGUUGCUGUGCUAGGGAUUCAGAGAUUAACAAGACAGUCCUUGUCAGAGCCCUCAUGAAAUAUUUUACUAUAUCAAUAUUAAACAAAUGUAUGCCUGUUAGAUGUUGUGGCUCCAUAUAAAUGACUUACUUGUUUUGUAGUAUCUUCUCAGCUCUUGUAUUUUCUAUCUAAGACCACUCUGCUGCAAUUUAAGUGAUAAGCAUAUUCUGGCAGCAGGAUUCCCUCAAUAAUACACUUUUGGGCUUCACAAUCUUCAUGAUCUUUAACUUGGGCUAUUACAAGUUCCAAUAAAACCAGUCCAUAGGACUAUAUCAUCCUUCACCAGUAGAUGGUCCUACGUAUUUAGCAUGUUGUCUUGAAACCUAAGAAACAGCUUCUCAAGUUCAGAUCAUGUAAAACGAGCCAGUUUUAUACAUUCAAAGGUAAGUCUCGUAUGUUACCACAAAAUACAGAUAAACAUAGCAGGAAAGUUCUAAAAAGCAAAAGAAAAAUAAACAAUUAUAGUUGUAUAAUAAGAAUUCCAAAGUUAAUAAUAUUUAAAGUUACAUAAUUUGUCUCAGUACUUGUGACCCAAUAUAGAAACAAAAAGAUUAAGUAUUCACUUAUGAGUUUUUAUGUGAUUUAAUAUUAUACCUAAAAACAGAUUGUAUAGCAAUGAAGCAAUGAAAUAUUGAUAAACAUGAAAUAAUAUUAACUUGGCUAUAUCAUUUAAUUUUAGUCAGUUUAAUCCAUAUAAAUAAGGGGUAACCUUAUAUAUGAAGUAUAUUUAAUUUGUACAUAUUAAAUAUAUUAAAUUUAAUUAAAAUGCAUUGGACCUACAAACAUAUAAAACUAAAAAAUUUUCUGAUGACUCACCUGGGAAGGUGCAAAAGAAGUCUUAUAAUCAGGUGACAUCUUAUGGAAAGCUAAUAUAAUGAGACCUUUUUCAAUAUGCAGAUGCUGAUAUUUCCAGAGUGACAAAGACCGAUGAAGCAUUGUCAAAGUCCCCUUUUUUAGGCUAGCUCAUUGUUUAUAUGAGACAAGUUUCUAAGACUCACAUAGGUAGGGUAUAGAUAAAUGAGGUUAAUGUAGAUCCAAGCAGCUACAGAUGCUCCUUGACUUAAGAGGGGGUUACAUUUUGAUAAACACAUAGUAAGUUGAAAAUACCAUAAAUCAAUAGUACAUUUAAUAUACCUAACCUGCCAAACGUCAUAGUUUAGUCUCGCCUACCUUAAACGUGCUCAGUUGCAUUACAUUAGCCUACAGGUGGGCAAAAUCAUCUAGCAUCAUAGUGCACUGUAGAGUAUUAGUUGUUUACCCUUCUGAUCAGUGGCUGACUGGGAACUGAGGCUCACUGAUGCUGCCUAGCAGUGCAAGAGAGUAUCAUACUGCAUAUCUCUGGCCCAGGAAAAGAUCAAAGUUCAAAAUUGGAAACUGGAAGUACAGUUUCUACUGGAUGCAUAUCACUUCCACACAAUGGCAAAGUUGAAAAAUCAUAGGUCAAACUCUCAUAAGGCAGGGACCUUCUAUACAUAUAUUUUACUACAACCUAACACACAUACACGUAUGAACAUGCACAUACACACACACACAACCCCUUAGAAGUUUAUUACAAAGCAGCAUAAAUAUUUUGAGGACUUAAGUUACUGAAUUCUUUUUUAUUUUGGUAAAAAACACAUAACAUAAAAUUUACCAUCUUUAACAUUUUUAUGUGUACAGUUCAGUAAUGUUAACUAUAUUCAUAUUGUUGUGAAGCAGAUGUUCAGAACUUUAUCUGGCAGAUCUGAAACUCUAUGUCCAUUAAACUCUCCUUUUUCUCCAACCCCUAGUUCCAAGUAACCACCAGUCUACUUUCUGUUUCUAUGAAUUUGACAACUUUGGAUACAUUAUAUAAGUGGAAUUAUACAGUAUUUGCUUUUUUGUGACUGGCUUAUUUCAUUUAGCAUGAUGUCCACAAGAUUCCUCCAUGUUGUAGCAUGUGAUAGAACUUCCUUCCUUUUUAAAGCUGAAUAACCGUCCUGUACAUGUAUAUACCAUAUUUUGCCUAAUCAUUUACUUGGGUUGCUUCAGCCUCUUGGCUAUUGUGAAUAGUGCUGUGUGAAUAUGGUUGUACGAUUAUCUCUUUGAGACCAUGUUUUCAGUUCUUUUGGAUAUAUACCUAGAAGUGAAUUGCUGAGUUUUUAUUUGUGUGUGUGUGGAAUCUCCAUCCUGUUUUUCCUAGCUGCUGCACUAUUUUACAGUCCUACUAACAGUGCACAAGGGCUCCAAUUUCUCCACAUCCUUACCAGCACUUGUUAUUUUCUACUUUUUGUAUAGGAGUCAAUCUAAUGAGUCUGAUGUGAUAUCUCACUGUAGUUUUGAUUUGCAUUUCUCUCAUGAUUAGUGAUAUUGAGCAUCCUUUCAUAUGUUGUUGGUCAUUUGCAUAUCAUCUUUAGACAAAUGUCUUUUCAAGCCUAAGCCUGAAAAAAUUUUUUUUUAAUUAAAACUUGUUUCAUGGUAUUUAAGGCCCA